AUGGUGAACAUCGUGUACAUCGCCACAAGUCUAGACGGCUACAUAGCGGAUAAGGACAACCAAAUGGGCUGGCUGCACGAGGUCCCCAACCCCGGCGGCUCGGACUUCGGCUUCAGCGCCUUCAUGAAGCGCGUCGAUGCCCUGCUGAUGGGGCGCAGGACGUUCGAGAAGGUGGUGGGCUUUGAGUGCGAGUGGCCAUACUCGAAGCCCGUUUUUGUGCUUAGUAACUCCAUGUCCGAUGUUCCUGAAGGGUAUGAGGAUAAGGUGACCCUCGUACGUGGUGAUCUGAAGAAGGUGGUGGCGGAGCUUAAUGAUCAAGGUUACAAGGAGCUUUAUAUUGAUGGCGGCCUGACGGUGCAAAACUUCCUCAAGGAAGACUUAAUUGAUGAGAUGAUUAUUACCACCAUUCCUGUAAUUCUAGGCGGUGGUAUUCCAUUAUUUGGUGAGCUUAGCCAGCCUUUAAAGUUCAGGCAUGUUGAGUCAGAACGCGUUGCAGAUUUACUAGUUAAAAAUCGCAAAGCCCUACAAGAUUCUCCAUGA